AUGGAGUUCCCAGACAACCUCCUGGAUGAGCUCUACAACGACUCGUUCUUCCAAAACAACUUCAGCGGCACGUACAACGAGACGGACGCCUUGCUGCCCACCGGGGUGAAGGUCACCAUCGUGGUCGUCUACAUGAUUGUCUGCGUCAUCGGCCUCGUGGGCAACUUCCUGGUCAUGUAUGUCAUCAUAAGAUACACGAAGAUGAAGACGGCGACCAACAUCUACAUCUUUAACUUGGCUCUGGCUGACUCCUUGUUCCUCGCUACGCUACCUUUCCAGGGCACCGACGUGUUUCUGGGCUUCUGGCCAUUUGGGAACGCUCUGUGUAAGACGGUGGUGUCUAUCGAUUACUACAACAUGUUCACCAGCACCUUCACCCUGACCGUGAUGAGUAUGGAUCGGUACGUGGCCGUCUGCCACCCCGUCAAAGCGCUAGACAUGAGGACUCCUCACAAGGCCAAGGUGGUGAAUAUCUGUGUGUGGGUGUUGGCUUCAGCCUUUGGAGUCCCGGCCAUGGUCUUAGGAAACGUAGAGGAGGAGCAAGAGCAUAACAGUAAGUGA